UAUAUGGGAACCAUCCCUAUAGUAGUAUAGGUACUAUUCCCAUACCAUUAUGGGAACCAUUCCCAUAAUGCAUAGGAAAACUUCCCAUAAUUUUCUUUCCGUGUAUUGACGAUCAUUUAUUUCGUUACAAUGACAACAUAUGAUCUAUACUACAUAAUAAUAUCAUUAAUUACGAACAGUGAGCAAUUUUUGUUAAUGCUUUGUAUAAACUGUGGCACAUGGUGUUUGGCAGUACUUACAGACUUUGCAGUUCUGACUACAAGUAUCACCAGAAUCAUACAUGAAUUUAAUGAUACUUCGCACUGCAUUUUUUUACUUUUUAAUCAAUGCAAAAUGGAUUCAAACACAAAAAAUGCGCUAGCUGAAUUUUUAAACAGCUUAUUGCACCAUCAUCUGGAAUUUACUACUUAUGGAGUGAUCGACCUCAACGGUUUCCUGUUACAAAAUAUUUUUGGGACAGUAGUAACUUAUCUCAUUAUUUUUAUACAAUUUCGUCCUUUGCAUUAAAUUAUGGGAGGAUCAUUAUCUUUAAAGUUUGUCGACUUUUGGAUGUGACAAAUUGGUUCUGCAAUACGUUAAGAUGUAUGAGUAUGUCACAGAUUGUUAUUGGUUUAUCAGCAAUCCAUCAAUUAUUUUCAAAAGUUUUCGAAAUAUUUUCUAGAAAGACAAUUCCAAACUUUUGAUUGAUCAAUGACUUCUAUUUUUUUUCUAAAUUUCAAAUUAUUUCCGCGGGAAGUUAACAAGUAUUUUAGUUCGAUUUUACAAUAUCGUUAAACAACAUGAGAAAAAUAUCAAUCAGGGCAAUCGCGAUAUAAAUAAAUGUAUGAAAUUAAAAAUUAAAUAAGUAAGUCGUGAAUAAUUACAAUAAUUGAAAAGCCAACAUUUAUAACAUCAUGCAUAUGUUGAUUGUAUCAUUUGAACAAUGUCAGUCAGAAUUCACAUGUCUCUAGUAAACACGAACUGUAAAUUGUGUUCUGGUAAUUGUAUGGCAUCAUGCAACAAGAGCUUUUUUAUGAACGUAAAAAAUUUCAAAAAUACAAUUUAUAUUUAACAUCGAAAAAUAUGUUAUUUUACUUCAAUUUAGUUUUUUUCAAAGUUAUUGGAUUAGUGCCUUGGAAUACGGAUAUUUAUCAAAUUUUUAAUAACAAAAUUCAUAAUUAUCUACUUUAUCCAUUUGAAGUUUCAAAAUACGGAACUAUGUACAAUGUUUUAUUAAUGAUUACUAUGUUUACGUACAUGGCAGUUGGAUUAAUAUUAGAACUAUGGGAGCAACAUUUUAUAGACUCAAUUAUAGUAAAGACGAUUGACAAAAUUCUUAAGUUAUGUGGGGUCGUUUUGAUCCUGAUCGUAUGGUUAGUUUUUAUUUUACAACAGAAAAAAAUCGUGAAUAUCCUUAAUAAAUUGUAUCAGAUAAAUAAUAGUUUGAAGAGUUGCAAAAAAUACAAGUUUGAUACUAAUUAUUAUAUAUAUAUUAUAAGUUUUGGUAACAUCAUUAUGUGCUUCAGUGUAUUUUUACUUGAGUUUUUAAUCGAUUCAAUAGUCACAUUUUUGUUAUGGGCUACACCGUUUAUUGUGGGAAGUUCUGUUCUAAUACAAUACACGUUAUUAAUAAACAUCGUUAUUCAAAUUUUCAAAAGUAUCAACAAAACAAUUCUCAAACUUGGUAAUCUGAGAACAGAGAAUGAAAUAAGAACAUUAUUUUUCACAAAGGUUUUAAUUGGAGAAUAUAUUAUCAAAGAUAUUAAUGUCCUUCAUUAUUCACACAUAAAAUUAAGUGAAAUUUGCAGUGAAAUUUCAGAUUUUUAUGCAUUUCCAACAUUAUUGAGUAUAAUUUAUUUCAUUACAACGGCAACCUAUAAUUUACAUUUCAUGAUAGAAUCAUUAAUUACAAACAGUGAUCAAGCUUUGUUGGCACUUUAUUCAGUCUGGAUCGUAUGGUUUUUGGCAGCAUUUGUCGACUUUGCAGUUUUGACUACAAGUGUAACCAGAAUCACACGUGAAUUUAAUAAAACUUCUUAUUGCAUUAUUCUAUUUUCUAAUCAAUGCAAAAUGGAGUCAAUCUAAUGGAGGCAAUCUAGAAGAAGUUUUUGAGAUGACAAGAGAAAAAACUUUUUUUUUUUAGAAGUUUGUAGAAGUUUAUUGGUACUCAAUAUCUAAAAAAUUUUUAUAUCUAUGAUGAAAAAAAUUUGAGUCAAAGCUUCAUGAACCAAGUUCAGAAAAUAAAAUUUUUUAAUACAGAAAUUUGAUAACAUAUAAUUUCACAAGUUUCGAAACAAUCGUUAAUAAAAUCUUUAAUAGUUUAAUAAAAUAAAUCAGUACUCAACUGACAGUCUAUUAGAUGGUUAAACAACAUGAUAAAAAUACCAUUCAUGGAAACUACUUUGUCAGUUGAAUUCUAGUUUUUGCGUAAUAAGCACGAAGUUUGAUCUGAGUUCUGCAUAUUUCAUAAUAUUAAUAUGCAGCAAAAAAUAUUCUAUAAGCGUAAAAAUUUACAAAAACUCAACUCAUAUUCAUCCUCGAAAAGUGUUUUAUUUAAGUUUCAUUUUUAUUUUUUCAAAAUUAUUGGAUUAGCGCCAUGGAAAGUGGAUACUAAUGAAAUUUUUUAUCCUAGAACUUAUAAUUAUAGUCAAAUAAAUCCACAUGGAGUUUCAAAGUUUGGGAUUAUGUACAAUGUUUUUUUGAUAAUUACUAUGAUUGCAUACAUAGCAUUUGGAAUUGCAUUAGGUCUAUGGGAUCUAGAUUAUGCAAACUCAGUUAUAGUGAUGAUGAUUGAUACAAUUCUCAUGUCGACUGGACUCGUAGCUCUUCUUAUCAUGUGGUUAAUAUAUAUUUUACAACAAAGCAAAAUCGUAAAUAUACUCAAUAAUUUGUACACUACACAUAAACGUUUGAAGAAAUGUAGAAGAUAUAAAUUAGAAAUCGAUUUUUCGUUGUACAUUAUAACUUUUGUUAACGUUGUGAUGUGCUUUACUGUAUUGAUACUUGAGACAUUUACGACGAUGAACUAUACAACAAUAUUAUGGGCUGCUCCGUUUAUUAUGGGAAGCUCUGUUUUAAUGCAAUACGCAAUAUUAUUGAAUUUUAUUAUUCAAAUUUUAAAGAGUAUCAAUAAAACAAUUUUCAAACUUGGAAGUAUAGAUACAGAAGAUAAAAGUGAAACAUUAUUUUUCACGAAAGUUUUAAUUGAAGAAUCGAUUAUCGAAGAUAUUAAUAUCCUCAAUUAUUCACACUUGAAAUUAAGUGAAAUUUGCAGCAAAAUUUCAAAUUUUUAUGCAUUUCCAACAUUAUUGACGAUCAUUUAUUUCGUUACAAUGACAACAUAUGAUCUAUACUACAUAAUAAUAUCAUUAAUUACGGACAGUAAUCAAUUUUUGUUAAUGCUUUGUAUAAACUGUGGCACAUGGUGUUUGGCAGUACUUACAGACUUUGCAGUUCUGACUACAAGUAUCACCAGAAUCACACGUGAAUUUAAUGAUACUUCGCACUGCAUUCUUCUACUUUUUAAUCAAUGCAAAAUGGAUUCAAACACCAAAAAUGCGCUAGCUGAAUUUUUAAACAGCUUAUUGCACCAUCAUCUGGAAUUUACUACUUAUGGAGUGAUCGACCUCAACGGUUUCCUGUUACAAAAUAUUUUUGGGACAGUAGUAACUUAUCUCAUUAUUUUCAUACAAUUUCGUCCUUUGCAUUAAAUUAUGGGAGGAUCAUUAUCUUUAAAGUUUGUCGGCAUUUGGAUGUGACAAAUUGGUUCUGCAAUAUGGUAAGAUGUAUGAGUCUGUCAUAGAUUGUUACCGGUUUAUCAGCAAUCGAUCAAUUAUUUUUGAAAAAGUUUCGAAAUGUUUUCUAGAAAGACAAUUCCAAACUUUUAAUUGAUCAAUGACUCCUAUUUUUUUCUAAAUUUUAAAUUAUUUCCGCGGGAAGUUAACAAGUAUUUUAGUUCGAUUUUACAAUAUCGUUAAACAACAUGAGAAAACUAUCAAUCAGGGCAAUCGCGAUAUAAAUAAAUGUAUGAAAUUAAAAAUUAAAUAAGUAAGUCGUGAAUAAUUACAAUAAUUGAAAAGCCAACAUUUAUAACAUCAUGCAUAUGUUGAUUGUAUCAUUUGAACAAUGUCAGUCAGAAUUCACAUGUCUCUAGUAAACACGAACUGUAAAUUGUGUUCUGGUAAUUGUAUGGCAUCAUGCAACAAGAGCUUUUUUAUGAACGUAAAAAAUUUCAAAAAUACAAUUUAUAUUUAACAUCGAAAAAUAUGUUAUUUUACUUCAAUUUAGUUUUUUUCAAAGUUAUUGGAUUAGUGCCUUGGAAUACGGAUAUUUAUCAAAUUUUUAAUAACAAAAUUCAUAAUUAUCUACUUUAUCCAUUUGAAGUUUCAAAAUGCGGAACUAUGUACAAUGUUUUAUUAAUGAUUACUAUGUUAACGUACAUGGCAGUUGGAUUAAUAUUAGAACUAUGGGAGCAACAUUUUAUAGACUCAAUUAUAGUGAAGACGAUUGACAAAAUUCUUAAGUUAUGUGGGGUCGUUUUGAUCCUGAUCGUAUGGUUAGUUUUUAUUUUACAACAAAAAAAAAUCGUGAAUAUCCUUAAUAAAUUGUAUCAGAUAAAUAAUAGUUUGAAGAGUUGCAAAAAAUACAAGUUUGAUACUAAUUAUUAUAUAUAUAUUAUAAGUUUUGGUAACAUCAUUAUGUGCUUCAGUGUAUUUUUACUUGAGUUUUUAAUCGAUUCAAUAGUCACAUUUUUGUUAUGGGCUACACCGUUCAUUGUGGGAAGUUCUGUUCUAAUACAAUACACAUUAUUAAUAAACAUUGUUAUUCAAAUUUUCAAAAGUAUCAACAAAACAAUUCUCAAACUUGGUAAUAUGAGAACAGAGAAUGAAAUAAGAACAUUAUUUUUCACAAAGGUUUUAAUUGGAGAAUAUAUUAUCAAAGAUAUUAAUGUCCUUCAUUAUUCACACAUAAAAUUAAGUGAAAUUUGCAGUGAAAUUUCAGAUUUUUAUGCAUUUCCAACAUUAUUGAGUAUAAUUUAUUUCAUUACAACGGCAACCUAUAAUUUACAUUUUAUGAUAGAAUCAUUAAUUACAAAUAGUGAUCAAGCUCUGUUGGCGCUUUAUUCAGUCUGUAGCGUAUGGUUUUUAGCAGUAUUUAUCGACUUUGCAGUUUUGACUACAAGUGUAACCAGAAUCACACGUGAAUUUAAUAAAACUUCUUAUUGCAUUAUUCUAUUUUCUAAUCAAUGCAAGAUGGAGUCAAUUACUAAAAAUGCGCUCGAUGAAUUUUUAAACAGCCUAUCGCACCUUAAUCUGGAAUUUACUACUUAUGGAGUGAUCGACCUCAACGGUUUCCUGUUACAAACUAUUAUUGGCACAAUAGUAACUUAUCUCAUUAUCCUCAGCCAAUUUCGUUCGUAAUUGCAAAUUACAAAAGUUUGGAAAAUUCAAAAGCGCACAUCUUUAACGGUCACGUGGUGUAUCAAUAGAAAAUUUUGGGAAACCAUUCCGCUAUAUUUUCGUACAUAUAUAUUUUAAAAUAAUCCACUAUCUGAAUAGUAGUUUAUCUAUCGAGUGCGAUCGUGUUUGAAGACGCUCGUGUCUUCACACUCGCGUCUUGGACUCGAUUGUACUAGAUAAAUACAUUAGUUUAUGUUACAGAUAUUAGAAAUUUACUACAUUUAGUGCCUAUAAAUGACAGGUUAUAAAUCCGCGUUUAUUUAUUUGGUAAGAUUGUUUUGAGUAUUUGUUGGAAAUUAGAGAGAAGUCGGUAAGUGGACGAAUUAAAAUGAUGAUUAAUUUUGUCACAAGAUGGCUCGUUAAGUUACUUCGACAUUUUUUGAUCGUUUGCUAUCGCACAUGUAACCAAAAAAUAUUUUUUGAUCCGAUGAUGACGUCACUAUUAGAACGAUUAGGUAUCUUUUUUACCAGCUGUAUCUUAUCUAAUAUUUUUAGCUGCCGGCUAUGAGCGCUAAAUGUCGUAGAUUUCAAGCGUCUGUCGCAAAAAAUUAAUUAUAUGAUGAAAAAAGAAACGUUAAAUUUGAAGUUUCUUGAACUCUGUCAGUUCUGGAAAGCGAUUACUUCUGUUUAUUCAGAAACUGACAAAUAAAGGAGCCUGAAGUUUUUUGAAGACACGACUUGAUGGUUACUUUUGUUUUUUAACUUCCCGUUACGAAAAUUGAAAAUUUUUUUUAUAAAGUUUUCUAUAAUUAGAGAGUAAUAAUGAAUUUUAUUUCAAUAAUACCAUAAUAAAUUAUCAAUCACAGAAAUAUUGUUGUAGAGAAAUUAAUAAAAUUAAAAAUGCAACCAAUAUCGUGAACAAUUAUAAUAAUUAAAUAAUCAAUAUUAGCAAUGACAUGCAUGUAAUCUGAUUAGAUCUCUAGACAUGCAGGCCAGUCAGAAAUAGUUUUUCGUUUGUAAACACGUAGUGUAAUGUCCGUUCCGGUUUCUGUAUAUGUAAUAUCAUCAUGCAGCAAAAGCUAUUUUUUGAACGUAAAAAUGUGCAAAAAUACGACUUAUAUCGAUCGCUAAAAAAUAUUAUAUUUUACGUUAAUUUAGUGUUUUUCAAAGUUGUUGGAUUGGUGCCGUGGAAAACAGAUGUUCAUAAAAUUUUUAAUAACAAAAUUCAUAAUUAUCACAUAUAUCCGUUUGAAGUUUCGAAAUUCGGAGCUAUAUACAAUGUUGUUUUGAUAAUUAUUAUGUUUACAUAUAUGUCAAUUGGAGUAAUAUUAGGACAAUUGGACCAAGAUUAUAUAGACUCAAUUAUAGUGAAGACGAUUGACAAAACUCUUAAGUUAUACGGGACGAUUUUGAUGCUUAUCGUAUGGUUAAUUUAUAUUUUACAACAAAAAAAAAUUGUAGAUAUCCUUAAUAAAUUGUAUCAGAUAAAUAAUAGUUUGAAGAGUUGCAAAAAAUACAAAUUUCAAAAUAAUUAUUGUAUAUAUAUCAUAAGUUUUGGUAACAUCAUUAUGUGCUUUAGUAUAUUAUUACUUGAGUAUUUAAUAGAUUCAGUACUGACAUUUUUAUUAUGGGCUGCACCGUUCAUUGUUGCAAGUUCUGUUCUAGUACAAUACGCAUUAUUAAUAAAUAUUAUUAUUCAAAUUUUCAAAAGUAUUAAUGCAACAAUUCUAAAACUUGGCAAUAUAAAUACAGGGAAUAAAAUCAAAACAGUUUUUUUUAGAAAAGUUUUACUUGAAGAAUCGAUUAUCAAUGAUAUUGAUAUAAUUAAUUAUUAUAACUUGAAAUUAUGCGAAUUAUGCAGCGAAAUUUCAGAUUUUUAUGCUUUACCAACAUUACUGAUUGCAAUUUACUUCAUUACGUCAUCGACAUAUAAUUUACAUUUUCUAAUAAUGUCAUUAAUUACGAGCAGUGAAGAAUUCUUGUUGGCAGUUUAUUUGCUCUGUAGCGUAUGGUUCUUAGCUAUAAUGAUCGACUUUGCUGUUCUAACUACAAGUGUUACCAGAAUCACUCGUGAAUUUGUUAAAACUUCGCACUGUAUCUUUCUACUUUCUAAGGAAUGCACAUUGGAUCUAAAUACCAGAAGUGCGCUCACUGAAUUUUUAAAUAGUUUAUUGCACCAGAAUCUGGAAUUUACAACUCACGGAGUGAUUAAUCUUGACGGUUCUCUUCUACAAAAUAUUUUAGGUACAAUAGUGACUUAUCUUAUUAUUCUCAUACAAUUUCGUCCACGAGAGUAACUUACAAGAGUUAAUAUAUUCGGGGAGAAAGACUUUAAUUAUUCACAAACUAUCGAUAUCCUUUAAUCCGUCAAUAAUAUUUAUCGAAUUUAAACAAUAUUAUACGGAAAAAAGUGAUACUAGAAUUAUGCCAACUGAUACAAAGUCUGUAUUUAAUGUACCGUAAAUGACUUUAAACAUAUUACUAUAUAUUAUGUAGAUUGGGGUACCGCUUUUCGCCACUUUGGGGCAGUUUUGGACACCUGAAAUGAUCUAUGAA